CAGGGGUUCAGGUCUCCAACAACAGAACCAGAGGCACUCAGCAACGCUGGAACCCAUUUGGGGGGGCCUGGGGCCCCUCAUCCCAAGCCAGGAGGGCUUCGGGGGAGGGGUGCAGCCCCUGGCAGACGUGCGGUGUGGCCCAGGGGGCUGGGGGGUGCCAGGAAGGCUGGGGCGAACCUCGAAAGGGGAGGCACGAGUGCGGUUCUCUUUCCCCUGCUGGGGGGGCCUCGGGGCCUGCGGCGGAGGGGGGCCAGGCGGCUUCGGAGGCAGAGCCUGUGGGGCAGGGGCGGUGGCAGGGUGGUGUCUGGCGGCAGGGGCACCAUGGCCACCAUCCAGUCGGAGACUGACUGCUACGACAUCAUCGAGGUGCUGGGCAAGGGCACUUUCGGGGAGGUGGCCAAAGGCUGGCGGCGAAGCACCGGUGAGAUGGUGGCCAUCAAGAUCCUCAAGAACGAUGCCUACCGGAACCGAAUCAUCAAGAACGAGCUGAAGCUGCUGCGCUGCAUGAGGGGCCUGGACCCCGAGGAGGCCCACAUCAUCCGCUUCCUGGAGUUCUUCCACGACGCCCUCAAGUUCUACCUGGUCUUCGAGCUGCUGGAGCAAAACCUUUUCGAGUUCCAGAAGGAGAACAACUUCGCGCCUCUCCCCGCCCGCCACAUCCGCACGGUCACCCUGCAGGUGCUCAGGGCCCUGGCCCGGCUCAAGGAGCUGGCCAUCAUCCACGCCGACCUCAAGCCUGAGAACAUUAUGCUGGUGGACCAGACCCGCUGCCCCUUCAGGGUCAAGGUGAUCGACUUCGGCUCGGCCAGCAUUUUUAGUGAGGUGCGCUACGUGAAGGAGCCGUACAUCCAGUCGCGUUUCUAUCGGGCGCCCGAGAUUCUGCUGGGGCUGCCCUUCUGUGAGAAGGUAGAUGUGUGGUCACUGGGCUGUGUCAUGGCCGAGCUGCACCUGGGCUGGCCGCUCUACCCCGGCAACAACGAGUACGACCAGGUGCGCUACAUCUGUGAGACCCAGGGCCUGCCCAAGCCCCACCUGCUCCACGCCGCCCGCAAGGCCCACCACUUCUUCAAGCGCAAUCCUCAUCCAGAUGCCGCCAACCCCUGGCAGCUCAAGUCCUCUGCUGACUACCUGGCCGAGACCAAGGUGCGCCCCCUGGAACGCCGCAAGUACAUGCUCAAGUCGCUGGACCAGAUCGAGACGGUGAACGGUGGCGGAGCCGCCGGUCGGCUGACCUUCCCGGACCGAGAGGCGCUGGCGGAGCACGCGGACCUCAAGAGCAUGGUGGAGCUGAUCAAGCGCAUGCUGACCUGGGAGUCGCACGAGCGCAUCAGCCCCAGCGCCGCCCUGCGCCACCCCUUCGUGUCCAUGCAGCAGCUGCGCAGCGCCCACGAGACCACCCGCUACUACCAGCUGUCGCUGCGCGGCUGCCGCCUCUCCCUGCAGGUGGACGGCAAGCCCGCCACGCCCGGGGUGGCGGCCGCCGAAGACGGGCCCCCCUACUACUGUCUGGCGGAGGAGGAGGAGGCCGUGGGCAUGGGCGGUGUGGUGGGCGGCGGGCCCUUCUUCCGGGAGGAGAAGGCACCGGGCAUGCAGCGGGCCAUCGACCAGCUGGACGACCUGAGUCUGCAGGAGGCGGGCCGUGGGCUGUGGGGCGAGGCCCCCGACGUGCUGGCCCCACUCAAGGUGGCUGCGGCUGGCCGCCGGGUGCCCGACUCGGGCCCCGAGCCCAUCCUGGCCUUCUACAGCAGCCGUCUGGCUGGCCGCCACAAGGCCCGCAAGCCCCCCACAGGCUCCAAGUCCGACUCCAACUUCAGCAACCUCAUCCGCCUGAGCCAGGCCUCCCCCGAGGACGACGGGCCCUGCCGGGGCAGCGGCUGGGCAGAAGGAGAGCACCGCGGGGCCUCCGCUGAGCCGCCCACCAUCCCACAGCGGGAUGGGGAUGGGCCGGACAUCAAGGACAUGACCAUGGAGGCUGAGAGGCCAGACUCUGAGCUCUUCGACCCCAGCAGCUGUGCUGGGGAAUGGCUGAGUGAGGACUGGACCCUGGAGGGCAUGAGGGGCCCUCGGGCUCAGGGCCUCCCGCCACGCCACGUCCACCCGCACGGUCAGCCCCGGGCCACCAGCCUUCUGCAGCAUGUUGGCGGGCACCACUGACGGUGACCCCACCCCUGCCAGUCACCAGGGGCUGUGCUAGCUGGGCUGGCAUCCCCUCAGAGCCACUCCCUGAAUCCAAAAAUUAUUCUUACAGAAAGAUAGUUAUCCUUCUCCCCGCCCACGGCGUAUACCUGCACACACUCCCUGAACACAAGAGGGCCUUGGUGUCUGGCCCGUGGCCCCCUCGGCCAGAGGGACGCAGGAAGGAAGGGGACUGUACCCCGCUGGCCCUGAGCACGUCCUCGGCCCCUCUCGGCCCUGUUGCCUCUGCCUAUUCCAAUAAAAACCUGUUCA